AUGGCUGGUCAAAAAAUUUUGGUGGUCGGAACCGGAGCAAUGGGUUGCGCGAUUGCCCAAGCCGUGGUUGAUAAAAACGGUGGGCCAGUUUGGAUUUACGGAGUUGAUCAGCAGGAAUUAACCGAUUUGAAAAGCGGGUUCAACCGGCGGUAUUUUCAAAAUCACCGGUUUAGCAAUUUAGUAGUCACGGACAACCUUUCAGAAGCUGUCCAAGACGCGCGGCACAUUUUCUUAGCCGUUCCCUCCAAGGUGUUGGGGGAAGUCUACCAAAAAAUCAGCGACCUCAUCGGAGUCAAAAAAACCGCCAUUCUCGUUAACUUAGCCAAGGGUUUUUACCCGGGCAGUUCACAGACUGCCCACGCUUUUCUAACUCAGAAAAUUAGGCAAGAUCGGGUUUUCCGCGGACUUGUUUCGCUUUAUGGACCCUCGUUUGCGAGCGAAAUCGUUGAGCGUAAACUGACCUUUUUAGCGGCCGUUUCCUCCGAUCAAAAACUCAGUCGCGAAAUUCAAGCCUUGCUUUCUAACGACUACCUUAAAAUUUUUCUAGAAAAAGACGCGCUUGGAGCCCAAGUCGGUGCUAUUUACAAAAACGUGGUUGCCAUCGCGAGCGGUUUGUUAGCGGGUCUUGGCUACGGACUCAACGCCCAGGCGGUAGUUUUGACGCAGGGAUUCUGA